UUAAGAUGGCGCUACGGCCCGGAUCGGGGGGAGGUGGCAGUUUUAUGUACCCUGUUGGAGGGGGCAUUGGGCCACCGCAAGGAAUGAUGCCCGUGCAACAGCAGCAACAACAGGGCUUCCCUAUUGUACAGGUCAUGCAGCCCAACAUGCAGGGCAUUAUGGGAAUGAACUUUGGAGCACAGAUGCCUUCAGCCAUGCCUAUACAGGGUGGAAUGGCUAUGGGCAUGCAGACUCCUGGGAUGCAGUUCAUGGGUCAACCUCAGUUCAUGGGAAUGAGGGGCCCAGGGCCACAGUUCCCCGCUGACCUGCAGAAACAGAUGGCAGAGGAACAUCAUAAGCGUAUGGAGCAGCAGCAGAAGAUGCUGGAGGAGGACAGGAAGAGAAGACAGUUUGAGGAACAAAAGCAGAAAUUACGUCUUCUGAGCAGCGUCAAACCAAAAACUGGGGAGAAGAGUCGUGACGAUGCCCUCGAGGCCAUCAAAGGAAACCUGGACGGCUUCAGCAGAGACGCCAAGAUGCAUCCGACACCAUCUUCACAGUCUAAGAUACCAGACUCAUCGCCAUCUCAUUCCUCUCUUGCCUCUCAUUCCCCUGCUUUCCCUGACGACGACGACGACUUUAGUGACUUUGUUCAGGGCCCAGCAGAUUCCUCCUCUUCCCCCUCAUUCUCCUCUUCGUCCCUCCCUCCAUCCUCACCUUCACUGAGAGCUAGCCAGCCGUUAGAGGCGGGGUCCAGUCCACACCCCCCCUCAUCUCCCGUCCCCCCCUCACACCAUUCAUCUCUCUCCGCCCCUCCUGUCAUCCAGCACUCUGUCAUCUCCAGCUCCCAACCUACGUUUCAAGGCCCGUCUCUGGAGGAGAAGAUGUUCUCUUCGUGUGACUUGACAGCUGAUAAGAUGGCCCAUGUUAGUUUUAAGGCAAGACAGCCUCUAUCCGAAAUGGGCCCCAAAUGUCACGUAAUGGCCCAGUUUCAUAGCAGCUCCAAUGCCCGAAACUGGGCUCAAACUAGAGACGACUUCGGGUCAGCCUUCAUCAUGGAGGCGGCAUCUGAGCCUCGACCUCCGGUUCAAGCGCCCCCUGCUGCAGAACCCCUGCCGGUACAACACACUAGCUCCAGCGGUGUAGCCGUCUACCCCCAACAAGACAUGCAGCCCAUGGUGCCAGGCUGGUUGUAUAAUGACACGCUUAUCCCAGAAUUGUUCAAGAAGGUCUUUGAGUACACCAUGACGCCAGCAGGCAUCGACACAGCUAAACUCUACCACGUUCUGAUCUCAUCGGGUCUGCCAAGAGAGGCCCUCGGGCAGAUUUGGGCCAUGGCUAACCGUACGACACCUGGAAAGCUUACAAAGGAAGAGCUGUAUAGUGUAUUGGCCUUGAUCGGAGUCGCCCAGAGUGGCCUUACAGUUAUGAGUCUGGACAUCCUGAGUCAGUUUCCCUCUCCGCCUGUGCCCAAUCUACCUGCCAUGGCUAUGGCCAUUCCUGCUCACCUGCCUCAGCAUCAGCAGUCCAUCAUGACCCAGCCACCCGUAUCCAUGCCCAUGCCCACCCCUGCACCACCUGUCAUGGGCAUGACCCCGAACCCUCCGGGGCAAGCACCCACCAGCUUCAUCCCCAACUUCCCUCCAAUUCAGCAGGCUGCCAAGACAGAUGACGAUGAUUUUCAGGAUUUCCAAGAAGCACCCAAAGCGGGAACUGGAGAUGACUCAUUUGCAGAUUUCCAAGGAGAAACGGGGGGAGUGUUUCCGAGCGUGACUUUAUCAUCAUCAUCAUCCCAGAGCGGUGUUCCUGCCAUGCUGACUCCAGUAUCUGGAUCUUCAUCCACCUCCUCCUCUGAUAAAUAUGCAGCGUUUAAGCAGCUGUCAGUGGAGAAGCCUGCAGAAGCCACAGCAUCCGUCUCCGAUUCUGGGGACAAAUACAGUGUUUUCCGCGAGCUUGAGCCACCUUCAGACAGAAAAACUGUUGGCGAGGGAUUUGCUGAUUUCAAGUCUGUCAGUGCCGAUGAUGGCUUCACAGACUUCAAAACAGCCGACACCAUUUCUCCACUAGAACCACCAGACCAGGCCAAGUUCCAGCCAACUUUUCCUACUCCUUUCGUUUCCUCUCAAUCUCUACCGUUGUCACAGCCAACCUCUUUGGCUCAACCUAGAAAUCUUCUUAAUAUGGCAGACCUGGACCUGUUCACCACAAUUGCUCCUCCCGCUCCCACUGCCGACGCCAAACUCAAUUUGUUCCCUUCUGUGCCCCCGGUUACUGUCCCCAAACCUCCCAGCACUGGAGGGGAGGAGUUUGGCGAUUUUGCUCUUUUCGGCCCCUCCGAAGCAUCACAGGGCACCCCCACCACUGGAAGAGGAGUGGAGGCAGCGGUGCAAGACGAUUUUGCUGACUUCAUGGCAUUCGGGAGUUCGAGAGAUCAGAAAAGCGCUGCCGUUUCUGCGGAAGGCCAGGGGGAGGCGUCUCAGCAGAGUCAGCAAAUCGGUGGCGAUAAGUACGACGUCUUCAAACAACUUUCCACCGCGGAUGGCCUGGCCUACGACGAUAUCAAAGAAAGCGGCGGGGGAUCUUUCUCGUCGCUCAAGAGCGACACCGAUGACUUUGCAGACUUCCAGACCUCCAAGUUCUGCACGGCACUGGGGGCGUCCGACAAAAGUCUAGUAGACAAAGUGGCCGCAUUCAAGCUGGCCAAAGAAGACUCUGCCUCUGUUAAGUCUCUAGACCUCCCAUCCAUCGGUGGCAGCAGCGUGGGAAAGGACGACUCAGAAGAUGCGCUCUCGGUUCAGCUGGACAUGAAAUUGUCUGACAUGGGAGGAGACCUGAAGCAUGUGAUGUCCGAUAGCUCUCUAGAUCUCCCCGGUUUGUCGUCCCAUCAACCCCCUGCCGCAGAAGCUGACGAUUUAAAAUUUGACCCUUUUGGCACGUCAGCCGUAAGCAGUCUGGGCAGCUAUGACUGGUCAGACAAAGAAGAUCUUUCAUCUGCUCAGGGUAACAAGCUCCAGAGAGGGUCGUUAGGAGCACUUCCUUCUUUAGCUGUGGUCCACAGGAAGGAGACAUCUUUCGGAAGCUCAGAGAAUAUCACCCACACCACGGUUGCCAAGGUGACCACCUUCCCAAUCGAAGAUGGUGCUGCCAUUACCGAGAGCAGGAUCGAAGCAUUUGCUGACUUCGGCUCCAUUGAGCAGUCUGGACAAGAUGAUGAUGACUUUGGCGACUUUGCCAGCACGGUUUCUGAAAAAUCCGACUCCCCUCCCAGUACUGCUGACACUGGCUCGGAGGGCAACCAGGCCGAAACAUCAGACGAGUUCGCUGCCUUUCAAGGAGACAAGCCUAAGUUUGGCAAAUCAGACUUUUUGAAGGCAAGUGCGCAGGCCAAGCUGAAAUCCAGCGAGGAGAUGAUCAAGAAUGAGCUCGCCACCUUUGACCUGUGUGUGCAGGGCUCCCAUAAACGCAGCCACAGUUUGGGAGAGAAAGAAAUGGUCCGGUCCAUACCCUCUCCUGCCCCUGAGCAGCCCUUCAGAGACCGCUCCAACACCCUGAACGAAAAACCGGCGCUGCCCAUCAUCCGCGACAAGUACAAGGAUCUCACUGGAGAGGUGGAGGAGAGCGAGCGAUAUGCAUACGAAUGGCAGAGGUGUUUGGAGAGCUCUCUAAAGGUUAUCACCACUGCCAAUAACAGCCUUAAUGGCAUAAGCAGUUCCAUAGUGUGCACAGAGGUCAUCCAAUCAGCACAGGGCAUGGAGUACCUGCUUGGUGUGGUGGAAGUGUAUCGUGUGACCAAGCGAGUUGAGCUGGGUAUCAAAGCCACGGCCGUUUGUUCUGAGAAACUGCAGGAGCUGCUUAAAGACAUCAGCCGUGUGUGGAACAACCUGAUGGGCUUCAUGUCACUAGCAAACCUUACUCCCGAUGAGAACUCACUGGACUUCUCCUCCUGUAUACUGAGGCACGGCAUGAAGAAUGCGAAGGAGCUGGCGUGCGGUGUGUGUCUGCUUAAUGUGGACUCUCGCAGCAAGAAGAAAGACGAGAACACAUUUGGACGCCUGUUUAAAAGAGUAGGAUACUGCCUCAAAACUCCAAUUUGCACCAUGUUGCGGGUGUCAGGAAGGCAAACGCAUCCCUGUUGUGCUGCCAAAAUGACCAAAACUCACCUCUCGCCACUCGUCCCUUUUCAGACUGCCAAAAACAGUCAGCACUCACAGGGUCGAUUUGACUCCUACAUCAGAAUUUACAGAAUCUUUAUUUAUGUGGCUUUAGUUGGUGAAUUCGGUUAUACGCUUUUAGCUCCUGGUUUUAUUUUUUUAAGAGUUUCCUUAGAUUGAGACGUAGGUAUGAUGUCUAUUUAACUGUGUAGACACUUGUACCCAAACAUGGCGAAUAGGUGAAGGCUAUGUCAUUUUGGUACCUCAUGGGGUCUGAGAACAAAUCAACAAAUGGGAUGGGGCAAGAAAAUCAUACAUCAAAGCAAUAGUUCACCAAGAAUAAAAAUUCUAUUAUCAUUUUCUCACCAUCAUGUGGCUUUAAACAAAACAAAAUAAAAAAAUAAAAUUAAGAGGCAAAAGUAAAUCUACACAGACUGUUUUAUGGAAAUAAUGUUUUUGCUACUCUGGUGCUGAAGGAUUGGUAAUAGUUAAAAACAACAUGAGAGUGAAUAAAUGAUGAGAGAAUUUUCAUUUAUGGGUGAACUGUUUUGGGUGAACAAUCGUCCACCAAACAUACGAUCACAAAUCAUUUUAUUAAAGGGUACAUAACUAGGGAUUUUUAAGGUCUACUUUGGUUUAUAUAGUGUCCAACAUUAAGUUUAUGUAUAUAGAAGGUGUCAUAACGCACACCGUAGGUAGUUAUUCUUACCUUACUUCUUGACUGACUCUCAAAUGAUUCGUUCCGCUAUUCAUCCGUCUAAUCAACUCCUUACUGCUUGCCUAGUAUGAUGUGAUUGGUCAGAUGGUCUAGUCUGCUGUGAUUGGUCUACAGCGAAUGAGGCUCACGAGCUACAGUGUUUGAGGGAGAAGAGUGAAGUUUUCGCGGGCAGUCAAGGCUAUUUGUAGUGAUGACAUCCGCGGCGGUUCGCGAAUCGGACUAGGGACGACUCGUAUGCAUGAUUCGGAGUAGAUUCCCCUUUUUUCCAAGCCAAUCACUUUAUUCAUUUACCUUCGGAUUUACAACUUGGCAAGACUGCUUACUUUCAAACAUGGCAACAUUACACAGCAUGAAAUGUCAAUUUCAUGAUCUCAUGUUAUGUACUCUUUAAGAAUUCUCCUUCUUAAACCUCUCCAACAUUAAUGCCAUGUUCGAGGUUUUCUGAUGUAAGAGAGGGGUAAACAUUGCUCGUAGCACUCUAGAUAGAAUAAGAAAAGGAAGGGCUCUUGCAGCAAGGAAUCAUGGGAUUGAUGUCUGAGGAGCAGAUGCGGCUCAGCCAUCAGUCUCGGCAACCAAAAUCACAGGUGCUAACAGAUCUACCACACAUCCAGCUUAAGUUAAUAGAGUCGCUCCGUCUGCUCCUGACAUUCGAUUAAUAUCCCGCGUUUUUAAUUACGUUUCGGGGGAUUGGUGGACAGAAUCGCUGUCGGGGGUGGGUAAUGAAAUCAGCGUUUUAAAGACACACUUUUAAGGUGGAGCAGAAAUGGUGAGAUGCUUUUAAAGCUUGUGAAGGGAUGAGGGUGUUUGAUGCUGUCUGCGGCUGGGGUAUGUGUGUUGGGCUACAGCUGGAUGAGGAUGGUUGGUAUGGCUGACCUUGGGUUAACAUUUGGGUUCUGUCUGUGCAAAGGAGGGACGGGAUCCAUUUGCGCCUGCUAAUAGAAUUUGUCUACAGGAAUGGGCAACAGUGUAUUAACAACUCUUUGUCAUAGUUUCUAUUACAUGUAUGUACAGCCACGGAAAAAAUUAAGAGACCAUUUCAAAAUGAUUGAAUGAAUUUUCUAUUUGCAUUCAUUUACAUAAAAUGAAAAUAGCUCAAAGAAAACAAGUUCAUAUUCACUUUUAAGCAAUACAACAGUAACAUUUGUACAUUUAUUUAGGAAAAGUAAAGAAAUCAUAAUCUUGAUUUUUAUCACAGCUUUCAUGUGUCUUGUAGUGCUGUGAGCCUUUCACGUUGUUGUUGGAUGACUUUGUUUCAACUGAAGUUUGAUUUUGUUGAAAUUCAACAGACACUGGACUGGAAUGACCAAAAUACAUCUAGAAAUGCUGAUUCGAUGUAAAUUUGGAAUGGUCUCUUCUUUUUUUCCUGUGUAAAUAUAUUCACCAUGUCAUGAAAAUGGCCUUGGAUGGGUCUAGUGAACAAUAUAAAAAAAAUCCAAAAAGUUUUAAUGUUAAUUAAAUGUUAGUGUUUUGUCAGCCCACUGGAUUAAAAAAUGGUCAAAGAAAUGUUUUGGGAUCCCUAAUGAAAACAUAAUAAGGUGAAUAUAUUUAAAUGCAUUGUCUUGGUCCUAAUACAACUCUUUAGAUCCUACCGCCAUUAUGAAUCAACACAAAUAAGUGGCUAGAUGAUACUUUUGAAAGGAAACAAUAUAUCUCUAUGAAGCUAUUUACACCAGCUAUUUGCGUGUUCAGCCACUUCACUUUUUUCCAAAGCUUAUAUUUUCCAGUUCACUUCGAUGUUAUUUAAUCAUUUACAAAUUGGCAAAAGCUUCAUGCUCACUUUUAAGCAAUACAACAGUAAUAUUUGUAUGUAUAUUUAGGAAAGUUAAACAAAUAUUUUUAUGUCUUAACAUAGAUUUUUAUCACAUUUUUAAUGUCAUGCCAUGCUGUCAGUCUUUCACAAUGAGAAUCCCAGUCGACAGACGAUUGGCUUUUUAAUUGUAAGGAUAGACUUCUUUCGCUAGAGCCGCCGUAUUAAGCGUUGCAUUUCUUGCAAUCACAGUAAUGUAAGUGGCAUAUCAAUUAUCUUUGGCGCCACCUAUCUAAUAGGCGUCACGUCAUGUUUGGUGUGAAAAAAUAUGCUACAAAACUUUCUUUGAUAUUGUGGGAACUAUAGUUAAAUGCAUGUUACUGUUUUAAUUUUCUAAGUUGCCCCUUCCUGUAGUGUUUUGCAAAGGCUUGCGCAUCUAAAUGGACGGCUCUUUCACCGCUGGGUCUCUGGUGCUGAUAGUUUAACUCUCAUAUAAACCUUAUUUCCUAUCUAAUGCUAAUGCUGUUUAUGCUA